GCCGCCGCUUAUGACUGACAGCUCUGCGCCAGUGACAUCACCCGGGCAACAGAAGUACUCUGUGGAAAGAGCAGGCUGCAAUCAAAAGUACGGGAUCGUCGUGUGGUGUUCAGGGAAGACGAUUUAAACCGCCUGGCAGUCAUGGAAUCGAGCGAACAGCAGUGUACAGCGCUGUGAAACUCACGCGCCUUUAGGUUCAACGCCCAGCACGGGCACUGAAAAACAAGAUCCGAGAGACAAUCCGAGGGCAAUCUCGAGUGAUAUUUUCUAAUCAACAAAAACUUUAUUCCUACUCGGUUCCAUCAGCGUCACAGCUGCAGAAAAUAUGUGGAAGGAGAGGCGGACUCUGGACUCUGGACUCUGGGUCUCGGUUUUCCGCAGAACCUCUGUGUGGAAUAAGGCGACCUGAUGCGGAACCUUUUGGACUACACAGCACGCGCAGCGAGCGGACAGGUCUCCACAUAGACACAGAUCGAUCAUGGUCGCCGGGAUCCGUGUUAUCAUGGUAAUGCUGAUCUGUCAGGUGCUGUUCGGGCGCUCGGCCGGACUGAUUCCCGAGGUGGGUCGCCGGAAGUACGCUGAGGUGGCCGGGCAGAGCGCAGCGCAAUCGGAUCGCUUUCUCAGCGAGUUUGAGUUUCGACUCCUCAACAUGUUCGGACUGAAGCGGAGACCGACCCCGAGCGCGAGCGCGCAGGCGGUGAUCCCGCAGUACAUGGUGGACCUUUACCACAGACACGCCGGGACCGUGGACCCCAGCCCCGACCGAGCGAGGCGCUCCGCGACGAAACACUCGGAGUUCUCCGCAAGCAGAGCCAACACGAUUAGGAGUUUUCACCACGAAGAGUCGAUGGAGGUGCUGUGCAGUGUGGAGGGGAGGACGACCCAGCGCUUCCUGUUCAACAUCUCCUCCAUCCCCGGCCAGGAGCUGCUCACCUCCGCAGAACUCCGGGUAUUCCGGGCGGGAGCGACUCCGUCGGACCCCAGCACCUCUGCCAACAACAGCGCCGGCCUCCACCGCAUGAACGUCUACGAGAUCUUCAGACCCGCCCGCUCCCGGGAGGAGCAGCCAAUCACGCGGCUCCUGGACACGCGCGUGGUGCAGGAGGGGCGGAGCCAAUGGGAGAGCUUCGACGUGAGCGCGGCGGUGUCGCGGUGGGCCGCUGACGGACGGGCCAAUCACGGGCUGGAGCUGGAGGUGCUGCACCCGGGGGGGGCGGGGGGGGGGCACGUGAGGGUCAGCCGGUCGCCGCAGGGGGGCGGGCGCGCCUGGGCGCAGGUGCGCCCCCUGCUGGUGACGUUCGGGCAGGACGGGCCGGCCCAGGCGCUGCACCGGCGGGAGAAGCGCCAGGCCCCGCCCCGCUCCAAGCAACGCAGGAGGCAGCGGGCCGCAUGCCGCCGCCACGCCCUGUACGUGGACUUCAGCGACGUGGGCUGGAACGAGUGGAUCGUGGCCCCGCCCGGAUACCACGCCUUCUACUGCCACGGCGACUGCCCCUUCCCCCUGGCCGACCACCUCAACUCCACCAACCACGCCAUCGUGCAGAACCUGGUGAACUCUGUGAACAGCCACAUCCCGCGGGCCUGCUGUGUGCCCACCCAGCUCAGCCCCAUCUCCCUGCUCUACCUGGACGAGCACGAGAAGGUCAUCCUCAAGAACUACCAGGACAUGGUGGUGGAGGGCUGUGGCUGUCGCUGACCUCUGACCUCUGACCCCCGAGACAUGGUGGUGGAGGGCUGCGGCUGUCGCUGACCUCUGACCUCUGACCCCCGAGACAUGGUGGUGGAGGGCUGCGGCUGUCGCUGACCUCUGACCUCUGACCCCCGAGACAUGGUGGUGGAGGGCUGCGGCUGUCGCUGACCUCUGACCUCUGACCCCCGAGACAUGGUGGUGGAGGGCUGUGGCUGCCGGUGAACUCUAACCUCUGACCCCCUCCACCCCCUCACCCUCUCCGUCUCACAAUGAAGAUUCUUAUUUAUAUUAAAGACAUACAGACCACACAGUUAUUUUGAUUAAAUAUAUGAAUAUAUUUAUGUCUACUUAAGUGUCAGGAAAAAAAAUAUUCUAAUUAGAGGAAUUAAUCCUUUUUAUGGAUUUAAAAUGUAUUUCUGAUGUACAUGUUUUUUUUUUAAUGGGUGCAAUACCACACAUGAAGUAUAAUGCUCAGAUUUUUAUUUUGUAUUUAUUUCUAUUUUAACCACUUUUGUAAAUAAGUGUAUUUAUGUGUAAUCCUGAGGAGAUAUAGACUCUUGUGGAUACAUGUGUCCAGAAAGGUAGAAAUGUAUGUAUUUGACUUAAGUGUGCCUUAAAAGUGAUAGAUUUGAGAAAAUGAUUUGUUUUUUAUAAAAAAUAUUGAAGAGUGAAGACAGAAACAUCAGGUAUCUUCAUUUGUAAAUGUAUGGUUCCACACAUUGGACACCAUCCUUUCAGAAAGGACGUGGCUUAGCCUCUCUGAAUCAGUUCCAGCUGCAAGCAUAAUUAAACAUGAGGAAAUGUA